AUGAGCCCCGCCAUUCUGCUGUCCUGCUUGCUGUGUCUUCUGCCCAUCGAGUCCUGCAGGACAUUAUGCCAGGCCACCAGCAAAAGCAAAGAGAAGGUGCCUAACAGGCUACACGUUGCGUGUGAUGGAAUCUGUGUGGAGGAAAAUGCCCACUGCAGUCAGCUUUGCCCUCCAGGGAUUGAGGGAAAUAUGGGGUUUGUAUGCAGGACAAAGACAUGGCACAAAAUCACAGAUACCUGCCGGACCCUGAAUGCCUUCAACAUCUUUGAGGAGGAAUUACAGGCAGUUCAGGAAUUUGAAGCAAGGACAAAGGUAGAUGAGUUUCCUAGGAAAUACGAGACCAUAGCAGAGAAGCUGUUGCAGAAGUGCCCUGAGGAUUUGUCUUGUGUCACGAGAACCAUCCAGCAUUCUCCCCAGUUACCGGGAAACAUCGCUGUCAUUGUGCAGCUGUUACACAACAUAUCAAUGGAGCUAAUGGCAAAUGUGAAUGAGGCAAAGAUGCAGAGUUACAGCACCAUGGCCAACCACAUUCUUGACAGCAAAAGCAUCUUGAACUGGACCUUCAUUCCCGACAGAAAUAGCAGCUCCAUCCUGCUCCAUUCAGUCAAUUCCUUCGCAAGAAAGCUAUUGCUCAACAAACAUCCCAUUGACGUGGCGCGCGCCUUCAUUCAUACCACGGGUGCCAUCCUCUCUGGACACCAUGCCAGAAGGAAUCUCAGCUUUGCAAUGAGAGUUAAUGACACCAGCAGGGAAGUCACAGGGAAGGUCUUGAUCAGUAAAGAAGAUCUUCAAAGAGUGCCUUCCCCCUCUCAGAUCAUCAGCAUUGCGUUUCCAACUCUGGGGGCUAUCUUGGAAGCCAGCCUAUUGGAAAAUGUCACCGUGAAUGGGCUUGUCUUAUCUGUCAUUUUGCCCCAGGAGCUGAAAAGGAUCUCUCUGAUUUUUGAAAAGAUCAGAAGUUCAGAGGAAAGGAAGACACAGUGUGUUGGCUGGCAUUCCUUGGAGAGCAGAUGGGACCAGCAGGCCUGCGAAAGGAUUCAAGAAAACUCCCAGCAAGUCAUUUGCCGGUGUUGGCCAAACAAAUUAUUUACCUCUUUUUCUAUUCUUAUGUCACCUCACCCCUUAGAGAACCCAAUUCUGAUGUAUAUCACAUACAUCGGCCUGGGCAUUUCGAUUUGCAGCUUGGGCAUUUGCCUGACCAUUGAAGCCCUGGUCUGGACUCAAGUGACCAAGACAGAGAUUUCUUAUUUGCGCCACGUGUGCAUUGCUAACAUUGCAGCCACCUUGCUGAUGGCCGAUGUGUGGUUCAUCGUGGCUUCCUUCCUCAGUGGUCCAAUCAAACACCACAGCGGAUGCGUGGCGGCAACGUUUUUCGUUCACUUCUUUUACCUUUCUGUGUUUUUCUGGAUGCUGGCCAAAGCGCUCCUUAUCCUCUAUGGGAUUUUGAUCGUGUUCCAUACAUUGCCCAAGUCCGUCCUGGUGGCGUUUCUCUUUUCAGUGGGUUACGGAUGUCCUCUGGUCAUUGCUGUCAUCACAGUGGCUGUCACUGAGCCUGGCAAUGGCUACCUACGGCUUCACGUCUGCUGGCUGAACUGGGACCUGACCAAGGCCCUCCUGGCCUUCGUGGUCCCGGCGCUGGCCAUUGUGGUGGUAAACCUGGUCACUGUCAUGCUGGUGAUCAUCAAGACCCAGAGAGUGGCCAUGGGCAGUUCCAUGUUCCAGGAAGUGAGAGCCGUCAUGAGGAUCAGCAAGAACAUUGCCAUCCUCACCCCACUCCUGGGCCUGACGUGGGGGUUCGGCAUCGCCGUGGCCAUCGACGGGAGCUCCCUGGCCUUCCACAUCGUCUUCUCCUUGCUUAACGCAUUCCAGGGCUUCUUCAUCCUGGUGUUUGGAAUGAUCCUGGACCCAAAGAUAAGAGCUGCUAUUAAGGGUCGAGUAGCUUCUAUGAAUUGGAUCUCCCGAAUAUCAGAGAGCUUUUCUUCUGAAUUGACUUGUAAACCCACCAAAGGGCCAAGCUAAUAUCUCAGGCUUCAUCCCUAACCUGAGAGGGCCGUUCAUUCCAGGAACGGUGAACCCAAGGAACCACG